AUGCUCCGCUCUGUCCUCCGUGCCCAUUCCCAAGUCCGAAACGCCUCCGGAGUGCCCCCAGGCCUCUCCAAUCUUACUCCUCAGUACACAGGCGUGAGUUUCCCUCCUCGUUCAACUUUAUUCGAAAACAUGCGAUAAAGAUCUUUAUCGUCGUUUUCGGCGGUCAGCCUUGAAGCGAUCUGCAAGAAGAGUGGCAUUCAUACAUCGGCGAGGGAACACGCGCUUGUCAGAAAGACACUGAUCCCGUUGAUCCGCACUCACUUCUGUUUUCCACCCGACCACGUGCUGACAACGUUUCUCUGCUAUCCAUCGUCUCUGUGCUCUCCGAGAAAUUAGCACUAUCUGGGAGUGCUGGCGUAGCGAACGUGACCAGUGCACAGAGUACGACCGACCAAAAUGAUGAUAAAACGGAAAAGAGAGAAAGACAAGCUGAUAUGAUCGCAGCAACGUGGUCGGGUCGAAAUGAACAAUGAACUCGACAAACAAACUGGUGGAUGGUCUGUUGGGGGACCGAGAAUCCACGGAGUUUCGACAAUCAAGUAUCAAAUGUAAUGACUUUCAGAUCUUCAUCAACAACGAAUUCGUGAAGGCCAAAUCUGGAAAGACUUUUGAAACCGUGAACCCAGCCACCGGAAAGGUCAUCGCCAACGUUGCCGAGGGAGACAAGGCCGACGUUAAUAUCGCUGUCAAGGUGCGACAGACCGAUUCUUCUCCGCCUCAAUUCCAUGUGCUUUUCAGGCUGCUCAGAAUGCGUUCCGUAUCGGAAGUGAGUGGAGACGGCUGGACGCCUCCCAGAGAGGAGUCCUCCUCAACAGACUGGCCGAUCUCAUGGAAAGAGAUCGUGUCAUUCUCGCUUCCCUCGAGUCGCUGGACAACGGAAAGCCGUAUGCCGUCGCCUACAACGCUGAUCUUCCCCUUUCCAUCAAGGCUCUCCGGUAUCAUGCUCACUCCCCAGCUCGCAUUCUGACACGUUCCCUUUUAGUUACUACGCCGGAUGGGCCGACAAGAACCACGGAAAGACCAUCCCGAUCGAGGGAGACUACUUCACUUACACCCGCCACGAACCGGUCGGAGUCUGCGGACAAAUCAUUCCAUGGAACUUCCCGCUCCUCAUGCAGGCCUGGAAACUCGGUCCAGCCCUUGCCAUGGGAAACACUGUCGUCAUGAAGGUCGCCGAGCAGACUCCUCUCUCGGCUCUACACGUCGCCGCUCUCACCAAGGAAGCCGGAUUCCCAGAUGGAGUCGUCAACAUCAUUCCGGGAUACGGACACACCGCCGGACAGGCGAUCUCCUCGCACAUGGACGUCGAUAAGGUCGCCUUCACUGGAUCCACGGAAGUCGGAAGACUCGUCAUGAAGGCCGCCGCUGAGUCCAAUGUGAAGAAGGUGACGCUGGAGUUGGGAGGAAAGUCCCCGAACAUCAUUUUCGCCGAUGCUGACCUCGAUGAGUCUGUUCGUCAAGCCAACCACGGACUCUUCUUCAACCAAGGACAGUGCUGCUGCGCCGGAUCGAGAACUUUCGUCGAAGGAAAGAUCUAUGACGAGUUCGUCGCUCGCUCGAAGGCUCUAGCCGAGAAAGCCGUCAUCGGAGAUCCGUUCGACGUGAAGACCACUCAGGGACCACAAGUCGAUGGAAAGCAAGUGGAGACCAUUCUCAAAUACAUCGCCUCCGGAAAGAAGGACGGAGCUCAGCUCGUCACCGGAGGAUCGAAGCACGGAGAUCAGGGAUACUUCGUUCAGCCGACCAUCUUCGCCAACGUUAAGGAUAACCACACCAUUGCCCAGGAGGAAAUCUUUGGUCCAGUUAUGAGCGUCAUCCGAUUCGACAGCAUGGAGGAGCUUGUUGAGAAGGCCAAUAACACGAUCUACGGACUCGCCGCCGGAAUCAUGACCAAGGAUCUCGACAAAGCCCUGCACCUUGCCAACACGACCAGAGCUGGAUCAGUUUGGGUCAACUGCUAUGAUGUGUUCGAUGCCGCCGCGCCAUUCGGAGGAUUCAAGCAGUCUGGUAAGCGUAUCAUUCAGAAAGAGUCGGAUGACAUUUCCGAUUGUUUCAGGAAUCGGUCGCGAACUCGGAGAGUACGGACUGGAAGCUUACACCGAAGUGAAGACGGUCACCAUCAAGGUUCCACAGAAGAACUCGUAA